GUUGAGUGUGAAUCGGCCUAAACUCUACAAAUUUCUCGCCGUAAAUUUCCUAUCAAAUUUGGCGUUUGGGAACUACGAUCUCAGAUUCCAGUUCACAAUGGGAAAAAGUAUAUAAACGAUCAGCAGCUUGACAGAGACUUGUGGAUUGUGUCAUCAUGGCGGAUCCAUCGAUGUUAAGCUUGUUUGAUGAAACAUCAAAUUUCUUGGAUGAUCUGACCAGUUCUGGAGGAGGAGACAUCGGGAUGUCGCUGGGAGGUGAUGGAGGAAUGAUGGGAGGACAAGGUAAUGUCAUGAUGAUGAACAACAUGGCGGCCGCGUCCCAGCCGCAACAGGGACAACAAGGAUUUCAGCAACAGCAACAACAAAUGCCGGGACAGAUGCAUACGAUGAAUCAAAAUCAACAACAUGGUUAUAAUCAGUAUGGUGCACAACAGACGCAGAAACUCCAUCACAUGUCGACGAAUAUAGCAGUCCCCAAUCAGACGCCCCAAGGGAUGAUGUCACCACAGCACUCUCAGUUUGGCAGUCCGCCGCCCACAAGCCCACAUGUCACCAGACCAUCUGGGCCAUAUUCCAUGUCCCCGAUGCAUAAUGGACCGCGAAUGUCUCAACCUCAGCAAAUGAACCAGAUGAACAUGAACCAAGGUAACAUGUGGAACCAACAGACGCAAAAUGGUCCGGCACAACCACAACAAAUAAAUCAGUCACAAAUGUUCAUCCAGCAGCAGCAGCAACAGAAUAUGCAGCCAACACAGAAUAUCCAGCAACAAAGCAUGUCACACAUGGUUGCCCCGUCUACAGGGUUUACGAGUAUGGCACACCACGAUUACGCGUUGCCUGCCAAUCAGGCGCCGACACAAAGACUUUCCCACUUUCCAGAGGCGCAGCCAAGUCCUGUCGGAACUGGUCAGCAGAACCAAUCCUUCAAUAUCCAGACUAUGUCAUCACCCCCUGGGACUAACCGACUAUCCCAUAUGCCUGUGAAUAGCAUGAACAAUAAUAUGAAUAGAAUGAGUGGUCAGAUGACGGCAACAACGCAAUCGUUCUCUGCACCAUCCCAAGGUGUAAGCCUCUUAGGUAACACGAAUUCUGGACAAACGCAGCCUCUCCACCAUACUAGUUUUCCGUCUGAUAUGAAUAUGCAACAAGGACAGUUGAAUUCGGGGCAGCAGCAAAUGAACAGUAGUCAGAUUCAGCAUUUCCAGUUCCCUGCUGUACAACCAAAUCAACAACCGAUGUCUCAGGGGGUGUCUGAGACAACACCCUUGACUCAUUUCCCGAAUACAAGUCCCAACCAGAACAAUCAGUUUCAUCCUCAGUAUGCAGGGAUGCAACAGCAAGUUCGGCCUGCUGCAUCUCCAAGACCAACGCCACCUCCCCCGUCCUUGACUCCAACGAUGCCAACGGAACGCCUGGCACAUCUACCAACACCAACUCAGGGAAUUUUUCAGCAGUCCAGUCUUCAACAGCUUGAGCAGAUGAUGCCCCAGAGUAAUGCCAGCUCAACUCAAUCGCAUGUCAUGCAGGUCUCGUGUGCUGGUCAGACUCUGAAUGUUAUCAAAUGUGCUCCAAACCCAAGUCACAGUCAGAACUUUCAAAAUGUGCAACAGGUAAGCUAUGCACCUGCGUCUGCCCAAAAGAUUGCCAUAACUACUCUAGCUCCUAGUGUAAAUACCGGUACUUCCAUAGCGACCCAUAUGGCUGUUCCAGCGCAAGCUAGCCAAAGCACAGCCGGAAUGCAAAAUUCCAAUCUACAAAUGCAAAAGAUGAAUGUCGAAAUUCAACAACUUCAACAGCAGAUUCAGCAAUUCUACAACAUGCAGCAGACGCCUCAGACACAGCAGAAGAUGUUGGAUCUCCAGGAGAGGAUGCGAUCGUUAAAAGCGCAACAGCAGCAGCAGUUGUUACGAGAGAGGCAAAUUCAACAGCAGCAGCAGUUAAUUCAACAGCCGCAGCAGCAACAACAAAAAGCAAAACAGAUUAUCCUGACGAUACAAAACCCGCAGCAACAGGCAAAAAAGCAGACUAUUCAAGUUACCAAUGUUCAGAAUCGGCCAGUGGUGGCUACCAGCACGCCCCAGGGUGUCCAGGUCCAAAGGAUACAGCUACGACCGAUGGCACCACAAAAUGUGGUUGUACAGCAACAGAAGCCGCUGCAGCAGCAGCCGACGCAAACUGUUCAUUCGUUACUGACAUCGACACCGCAGAUUCAGGUUCAGACUUCUACGAAACCACAGAUCCAGGUCCUUACGACGCAGCCACAGAAAUCACAACCUCAGAUCAUAAUUCAGCAGAAACCCAUGGCGCAGCAGAGCCAGCAGCAGUCGAAGCCUCUCCUUGUCACUCGGUUGCUGAAGGGCGAUUCCCAGUCUCAGCAUAUCAAAGUAGUCACAAUUACCCCACAAAAGACACUGAAAACUGUCAAGACCAUCAUAUCUACACCUGUGUCAACCCCAGAAAAGACCUCGCCAACCAUCAUGACUCCACCUUCAACAACACCUACCUCACAAGCACAGCCCCCUGUUUCUCCAGAGCUCAACACACCACCCACCCUCACUCCUCAGGAAUCCUCGGGUCUGCCGGAACCCAUCUCGCCAGCAUCCGAAUCAUCGGCAGAGGACGACGUCGACAUAGAAGCCAUGGAUGGAACUGACCGAGAACGUUUACUACGCGCACAGCAAGCGCAAGAAAAAGCUAAUCGCAUCGUCCAGGAAGCAUUAGCAAAGGCUCACGCAUCAGGGAACACAUCUGUACGCCUCAUACCGUCUGCUACAAUUGCUGUCGAUGGGGAGCUUAAGCCGGAAAAGGAGAAGAAGAAGAAGAAAUCAGGGUCGAAGAAAUCGAAAGAACCGAAACCACCCAAGGAACCGAAGGAGAAGAAGGAGAAGAAACUGAAAACACCACGGCCAAAGCCAAAAUCUACGAAGAAGAAAAAACCAUUGCCAACAUUCCUGAAGAAGAAGAAGACUAAUAAGCGAAAGACGGGUGGCAUGUCUGAUGAUUCUGAACCAGAACCUCGAAGUCCAGUGCAGUCCGACAAAGAUGAUGAUGAUUUAUUUAAACGGAGGUCUUCCCGUAACACUAAACGCAAGAAGUAUUUGGACGACCUUGAUCUACAGUUGACAGAUGAUGACAAGUCAGAUGGUGAUAUGCCAGGAGGGGAUAGAGGAGGUGCCCUGAAGCCACAGUUCUUUGUUGAGAAUCCUGCGGAGGAGGAUGCUGUGAUAGUGGAGAAGAUCCUCGGGAUGAGGACAUCGAAGAAGCAGAUUCCGGUCCUGAGGCAGGAGGUCCCGAAUGCAGAUGAGUCGAUAUCUGACGUCGAUGUAGAAGAAGAUGCAGAUGGAAAUAAAGAGAAUAAAAAGAAAGAGUUGAUAACAGAAAUGAUCGAAGUGGAGGAAUUCUUUGUCAAAUAUAAAAACUUCUCUUACUUACACUGUGAGUGGAAAGCAGCAGAAGACCUCAAGGACAAAAGGAUACACAUGAAGAUCAAGCGAUACAAGCAGAAGAGGCUCUCUAUGGGAACCUACUUCUUACAGCUGGAUGAAGAUGAACUUUUUAAUUCUGACUAUGCAGAGGUCGAUCGCAUUCUGGAGGAGUCUGUUACUACCGACCCAGAUACUGAGGAGACAGUGAUAUACUACAUGGUCAAAUGGCGUUCCCUACCGUACGAGGAUAGUACGUGGGAGCUCGAGCAAGACGUCGACAAGGAAAAAGUGGAGCAGUUUAAACGUUUCCAGUAUCCACCUGGAGAAGAGGAACGACAGCAAAUUGCUCGACCGACGCCUUCAGAGUGGAAGAAACUGGACAAAACUCGCACCUACAAAAAUGACAACACUCUGAGGGAGUAUCAGCUUGAGGGAGUCAACUGGCUGACGUUUUGCUAUUAUAACAAACAAAACUGCAUCUUGGCUGAUGAGAUGGGUUUGGGUAAAACAAUCCAGAGUAUAACAUACCUGCACGAAAUCUACGAUUAUGGUAUACGCGGUCCAUUCCUGGUGAUAGCGCCCCUAUCGACGAUUGGCAAUUGGCAGCGGGAGUUUGAAACAUGGACUGAUCUCAAUGUGAUAACGUACCAUGGUACGGCCCAGAGUCGGAGUAUGCUUCAGGAGUAUGAAUUGUACUACAAGGACGAAGAUGGAACUCGAAUACCUGAUCUUUAUAAAUUUCACGCCCUGAUCACCACAUACGAGGUGAUCAUAUCGGACGUGGAGCUUCUGAGCUCGAUUGAGUGGCGAGCGACGGUGAUAGAUGAGGCUCACAGAUUGAAGAACCAGAAGUGUAAACUGAUGGAGGGAUUGAAAGUGUUCGAUCUGGAACAUCGAGUUCUACUAACAGGAACGCCAUUGCAGAACAAUGUCGAGGAACUUUUCAGUCUCUUGAAUUUCUUAGAGCCGUCAAGGUUCAACAACUCUGAGGAAUUCCUGAAGGAGUUUGGUGAAUUGAAAACUGAGAGUCAGGUCGAGAAACUAAAACUACUUCUAAAGCCGAGGAUGUUGCGACGUUUGAAAGAAGACGUUGAAAAGAAUCUUGCGGCAAAAGAGGAGACAAUCGUGGAAGUGGAAUUGACCAAUAUACAGAAGAAAUACUAUCGUGCCAUUUUGGAAAAGAAUUUCAGUUUUCUGAACAAGGGAUCAGGGACGGCGACAAAUGUGCCGAAUUUGAUGAACACAAUGAUGGAGUUACGGAAAUGUUGCAAUCAUCCUUAUCUCGUCAAUGGUGCUGAGGAGAAGAUUGUUGAGGACACCAAGGAGAUCUAUGGUGCCGACCCCUGGCAGUUGUUCAUGGCGAUGGUGAAGGCGUCAGGCAAACUUGUACUCAUCGACAAGUUGCUGCCCAAGUUGAUGGCGGGAAAUCACAAGGUGCUCAUCUUCUCGCAGAUGAUCAGGGUACUAGACAUCCUCGAAGACUACCUCAUUCAGAAAAAGUAUUUAUACGAGCGUAUUGAUGGCAGAAUCCGCGGGAACCUCCGACAGGAAGCCAUUGACAGAUUCUCCAAGCCCGAUUCUGAUCGCUUUGUCUUCCUCCUGUGUACACGAGCUGGUGGGCUCGGUAUCAAUCUGACUGCUGCAGACACCGUCAUCAUCUUUGACUCGGAUUGGAAUCCGCAGAAUGAUCUCCAGGCACAGGCAAGAUGUCACAGAAUUGGACAGAAGAAAGCAGUGAAGGUGUAUCGUCUCAUCACUCGGAACUCGUACGAGCGAGAGAUGUUCGAUCGUGCCUCGAUGAAACUAGGUCUCGAUAAAGCAGUUCUACAGUCGAUGUCUGGCAAGAAAGAUGAUACUACAGCUCAAGCUCAGCUGUCUAAGAAGGAGAUCGAGGAUCUUUUGCGCAAGGGUGCGUAUGGUGCUAUCAUGGAAGAUGACGCAGCAGGUGAUCAGUUCUGUGAGGAAGACAUUGACCUCAUCCUGCAGAGGCGGACGCAGGUCAUCCAGAUCGAGUCAGAAGGGAAGGGAUCAACGUUUGCAAAGGCUAGCUUCAGUGUAAAUGAAAAUCGUAAUGAUAUCGCCAUCGAUGAUCCCAAUUUCUGGACCAAGUGGGCAAAGAAAGCCGAUAUUGAUACAGAAGUGCGGAAGAAUGAUCUGAUUAUCGAGGCACCACGUGCUCGACGUCAGACAACCCGCUUCGGAAAUCAAGAUCUCCUGGACAUGUCUGAGCUCGACACAACGUCCGACAGCAGCGCGAAUGAAGAUGGCGACGCAGCCGUUGCGCCAAACGGUGUGAAAUUAAAGGGCGGGAAGAAGGGGAAAGUUGGUAGGAAGCGAAAGAACAAGAAUCCAAAGAUCGACUUGGACGCAGAGAGUACCCCAGUCGAAGAUGGCGUGUAUUCGAGAGCCGAGUUCUUCAAGGUUGAGAAGAACUUGUUGGUCUAUGGUUGGGGGCGAUGGGACGAGAUUUUGUUGCAUGGACGAUUCAAGCGGAAGCUGCAGAUGAAGGAUGUACAGAACAUCACAAGAGCUCUGCUUGUGUACAGUUUGAAGAAUUAUGCGGGUGACGAGAGAAUAAAGGGAUUUAUAUGGGAUCUAGUCAACCCGCGGACAGACAAAGAGUUCAAAAACCACUCGGGUCUGUCUGCACCCGUUCCCCGAGGUCGAAAAGGUCACAAAGCGCGCACCGAGGCUAGCAAACUAGCUGACAAUCUGCAGAAUGAGAUGGCUAACUGUGAUAUUACUUUGGAUGCUAUUCUGACAGAUGAGGGCUACAAGAAACAUUUACAAAGACAUGCAAACAAGGUGUUACUACGAGUGCGUUUACUUUACUACCUGAAGCAGGAAGUCAUCGGUGAUGAAGCAGCAAAAGUGUUUGCUAACUACCCAGCCAGUCAAAUCAAUCUUCCUCAGCCGAAUGCUGAUGGUGAGCCGCCAAUCAUGUGGUGGGAUGAUGAAGCGGACAAAUCCUUACUGAUAGGCGUCUUCAAACACGGAUACGAGAAAUUCAACAUCAUCCGGCAGGACUCGUGUUUGUGUUUCUUGAACCGUUGCGGGCCACCAGAUGGCGCUGCACUCCUCAGGGAGCAAAACGACGAAGACGAUGACCCCUCCACUCAACAACUGAAUGAAAGCAAACUACUUCGCGAUGAUGACGAUAUGGAUGUUGACGAUGAUGACAGCAUAUGUCCUGGAACGCCAGGCUCCUCUCAGGGGAAGAGCAAGGUGGCGCCACCUAUAACAUACGAGACGGCUGAUGGAAAGCUACCGUUUCCUGGGCCGUCUGAGAUCAACACGAGGCUGAGGCGCGUGAUUACUGGCUACCAGCGUAAUCAUAAGAAGGAGCAGCUGAAGCUCCAGCAGAAGGAAAAGAAACUGCAAAGAAGAGAAAGAUUUGAAGUCCAGCUGAAAGAACGAGAGGUGCGAAAGAGGGAACUGCAGCAAAAGUGGUCUCGGCGGGAAGAAUCGGAUUUUUAUCGCAUCGUGUCGACGUUUGGUGUUCAGUUUGAUCCGCAUAUUCGGCGGUACAACUGGGAGACAUUCCGCCAGCUUGCACGGCUGGACAAGAAAUAUGACGACACGUUGACAGAGUAUUUCUUGGGCUUCUAUUACAUGUGCUGUCGCGUGUGCAAGAAACUGAAGGAAGAUGCGAAACCUCCAAACAAUCUCAUCAUUGAACCGAUCACCGAGGAGCGUGCAAACAGAUGUCUCGCAAGGAUCGACCUGCUGAAUAAAGUGCGGGAAGAGGUGCUGUUACAUCCUAAGCUCGAAGAGCGGCUGGAGUUAUGUCAGAGCAGCUUCGAUAUGCCUGACUGGUGGAUACCGGGCGUCCAUGACCGAGAUCUCUUGAUUGGUGCUGCAAGGCAUGGUCUUGCCCGAACAGACUAUCACAUUCUCCAUGAUCCGACGUUAUCCUUCCGUGAGAUCGUCAACAAUAAAGAUCUCUACAAGUGCAAGCCACCAAUGCCAUUCCCGAAUCCAUCCAUUCCAAAUGCUGAUCUCGACGACACUCAAGAUGGCAAUAAGCCAAAUAUUCAACCCAAAACUGAAUCGGAAUCUGACAUGGACGCAGAUGUGAAACCAGAGGUCAAACCUGAAAUAAAAUCAGAGAAGGAGGAUGGUGAGAUUGAAGAUGAAGACGAAGAUGGAGGCAAAGAGGUGAAGGUCAAACAGGAGGUCACGGCUGAAGAAAGUCAAGAGGUCAAGGACAAAAGAGCAAUGGAGGAAAGGGUCAGGGCCAUUGAGGCAAAGGUCAAGGCUGAAAUGAGGGCAAGGCAUGAAUUGAGGGACGAGUCAAUGGAUGAGUUUGAUGAGAAGCCACUGACUUCUAAGCCGGAAGGUUUUGGAUUGGACGGGUGGACACCGGAUGCUAGUUUGAUGGGUGAUGAGGAGAUGAUGGCACGGUCCAUGCUGAAUCCUGCCAUUCAGUGGCCAAAGGAUCGCGUUGUCUUCCAUCGCCUAGAACAUAUCUGCUUCUGCAUCGAGAAAGGUGAAUGGCCACUCACCCGCCGGCCGGCCGUGGACUCCAUGGACACCACACCUUCCGGAACACCAUUACCCAUCAUGAAGCCAGACACGCCUCUUGGAGACAGCAGUCGAUGUGAUACGCCUGAACUAUUUGCUCAAGGAGACGGUUUGAAAAUAAAGAUCAAGAAAAAGAAGCGUCGUAGGAAGCAGGAUAUUGAAGCUGAGCGAACAGCCCGGCUGCUCGAGUUGUAUGGUCACCAGGUCGACAGUGAUAGCCAGCAGGAUAGUCUGUGUGGAAUGAGGACACCCACCGACAGCCUAACCAAUGACACGAAUGAUGACACGGACAAUGACCACGGUGACAUAUCAAUACCGCGAGAGUCGAAGCAUGGCAUUGGACACACAAGGACACCUAUCUUCAUGGGUGAAGGUCAAAAGAAACGUGGCCGCAAGCGAAAGGUUGAGCGCAUGCCUGAUGAUCACUCAGCGAUGGCCGCAGCAGAGCAAGUAGCCCUCGCCAUGGCUCAAGCCACUGGCAAAAAACCCACAAUGCAUCGAGCUUAUAAAUUGACGAGUCUUGCACCUGAAGCAAGAGUUCCGGUUGUGAACAUCGAGGAUGGCUCGCGACUUUCUGGGGAGGAGGCACCAUCGAGGUUAGAGCUGGAGGAGUGGUUGGACAAUCAUCCCGGAUACAUGGUCGAUCUGCCUGAUGACCAGAUAGAACCAGCGGUUCAAUUUGACCAACAAUUCUUCAUCGACAAACGUAAAAAGCGACGACCAAGAUUGGACCCAGCAAAGCUUGAUCUUGAUAAUCUGACUGGAGAGGAAAAUGUUUCGGUUGUCAAUAAAGUUACUGGAAAGCGGAUCACUGGUGCUAAAGCUCCUCCACUCAAACAUCUGGCAGAAUGGCUCACACAGAAUGCCAACUUCUUCGUCGAUCCAAAGUGGGCCCAUUUAGUCAAAGAAAAGGGCAAUCUUCCAGAAGCCCUUCACAGUCGUAUACUCUUCCCAUCAGAGAAACGGCGGGGUCGUCCACCGACUGCAAGUUCCAGUGUGCCUCGAUCCUCGCAGAGUCCAUAUUCCUCCGCUUCACAGAUGAACGCCUUAGCGAUGGCCAAUCCUGCUCUGAUGAAGUUGGGAAUGGGUAUUCCAUUUGGUGCGCUUCCAAGCCUCGGGAUGAAUCCGAUGUUCAGUAUGGCCAACAUGGCAGCAUUUGGUUUGCCGAUGACAACUGCUGGUCCGACAAAAACAACGGUAACAGAAUCAUCGACGAAAAAUGACAGUUCCGACUCGGAUGAUAAGACUGCAAGUUCUGCAGGUUCAUUUCCGCUCAUGUACAAUCCGAUGUUAUACAAUUCCAUAAUGGCUGCUCAGAUGGGCAACUUUAGCUUACCUGCUAAUAUUCCCACCUCAUUUGCUACGCUAGCGCAGGCUCAGAUGCUUAAUGGCGCUGCAGCUGCGGCCGCUGCUGCUGCUGCCGUCGGCAAAAACAACUCUGAAAGUGAGGACAAUCCGGAGCAGAUGGAGGCGCAGGAUUUAUCAAUUAAGAAACAAAAAAAACAUUCGCCAAAAACGAAGUCGACAAAACACAAGCAAAAAGUUGUCAGGCCAGAGAAUGAACUUGAAGAGGGGGAGAUUUUGAAUCUUGCAACAAAGAAAAGACGUACUGUGCCGGAGGAAGUGAAAGUUGUACCCACUGCCACUAAAUCUGACAAUGAGGCGGACUCUGACGACCAGUCAUAGCAUUUACAACAAUUCAAAAGAUUUGAAUUGUCCAAUCAGGAUUCUUGUAACAAUCCGUGUAUGGACAGCUUAUCAGAUCAGGUGCCAUGAAUUGCUCAACCCUAGGCAAAUAAUUUAUGAGAAACUGCUGCAUGCUUGCAUUGUCUGCAAACAAGCCAAGUUCAUUUUCAUUUUGAUUUUGGGAAAUUUCUUGCAAUUUAGUAAUAGGCUUUGGUAAUGGAAAACUAAUAAUUGGUGACUCUUGACUGCUUGAGUAAGGGGAUACAGGGAUCACUUUUCCAGACUUUUGUUCUUCCUCAUUAGGAUAUCAAGUGAUUAUGUUGCUGUAAAGGUGGAAAUGUUUGAAUGCCUAUUUUUGCAUUAGUUGUAAGUUAAUCGCGGAAAAAUAAGUGGCCGCAAAAAAGAUUGAAAGUACUGUAACAUGGCUGUUUAAACGCUUAAUUGAAGGUACAAUGUGAAUGUUUCCACGAUUCACCUUACAGUAUGUAGUAAGGAGUCUUGUGUGGCCAUAGGAAUUUUGCAUAAAACUGGAUAAUCAUUGAAAUCAUGUGGCCGUAGGAGUUUUUGUAUGAAAUAGGAUAAUCAUUUUGUGUGUUGAAUGCAAUCAUUGCUGCUGCAUUUCUGUAAAAAUCUCCCAAACUCUGGACCUCAAAUUCACUGUGAUAAUACUGUGUGUACAUUUAUAGCAGGCUUAUGCAUUUUACAGCCUGCUUCUCAACAGUGAUAAAGACGAGAUUUUGCUCCUAGACAUAAAGUAAUUGGUCAUUUGAUGUGUGGUGUGUGACACUGGGAUUUUUAAAGGAGGAUUGUCUCGAGAUGGUGCUGGGAUGGCACUCGUGGUCCCCGCACUCAUGAAGUUGAUAAGAGUUCCUGUGCAGUGAGCACUGCAGAUAUUCAACCCGAAAGUGUGCACAAAAAGUGAAUUGACUGUGUGUGUAUCUUUUUCAUCCAAGAGGUUGCUGCCGUAGAGUAACUUUACCUGUAUGAACUUUGUGCAGGACCAGAAUUAUCUCGAAACAUUCCCAUUUAAGACAUUACCAAAAAAUUGUUGCAAAAUUUGCUUUUUACUAAUAUAUCUUUCCUGGUGAACGGCCAUUGUCUUUUUUCGGCUUUUGGUGAGGCACAUUUGGUAACCACUGGGACUAUGGGCUUAAAACUUUGUACAUAUGAAACACUAAGUAAAUUCUCUUCCGAAAACAAAUUUAUGGGAAUUAAGAUUAACAGAAAUCGGACAGUAGUUUGGUCCUUAUUGUGGUGGACUGUGUAAGAUGAACAGUUGAUGUGAAAAUGCCUGGAAUCUGAUAGAACUCUGACAGCAAGCAAUUGCAAUCACUUGUAAUUCAACAAAACAAUACUAGGGUGUGGGAUUAAUGCAACUGACAUAAAUAAACAUAUCAUCACCACUUUAAUGCCCAUUGUGGUAAAUUUUCUUUGAACAGCACGUUAUAGAUAAAUGUGUGAUUUGUUAUAAGGUGCACAGGUGUUCAAUCUGAAAUUGAGGGCUCCACGUUUUUCAUGGCUUGUAUGAUAAUAGGUGGCGCUAAAAGUGUUUCCGUGACAAAGAUGUUGAAAAUGGCGUGAGGACAUUUAUCGAGCUGUACGUGUGAUUGGCAUAAAAAGGUAUUGUUUAGGGAAGACUGGAAUGAAAUAUGCCUGGAAUAUUUUUGUGUAUGUCCUGAUUGAUUCUUGAUAAUAAUAAUUUGUUGUAUAUAGGA